CGGCACCUUGGCGAUGGAUCAGGAAGGCGCUUCUCCUCACAACCGCUAUCUCCACGGAGACACCUCCACCCCGCCCUACCUGUCGUCACCCUCGCACCCCCUGCCCUACGGUGGAGAGCCCUACUCCUCCUUAGGUCAAGGACACCCCCACCCGCCACCCUCGGAGAUAUCGGACGGCAGCUCCACCCAUGGGUACCCGGACUUUCCCCCCAGUCCGGACUCGUGGUUAGGCGAAGCCCCCCAUCGCUACUGAGAUACGGCCCCCGCCAUCCAGACUCUCGCUCCCAGGUUCUUUCCUCCGGGACUGGAUGUGUUCAGACCGCGGGCGCUGCCCCAGCCCGUCCCCUUGCGGCCCGUCAUCCCCCCGCCAUCCUCGCCCAGUCCCCUCGUCAUACCCUCGGUCAAGACGGAGGAAACCAUGUGAUAAACGGACUCUUCCUCCCGCUCCUUUGGGUUUUGUGUCUUAUGUAAAUAGAUAGUCGGCGGUAGGCGACGCGAUGUCUUGUAUAGAUGUGACCCAACAACCACCGGCGGCUCUCCCAGCUCGCUCUGCCCCUUCUGCACUCCGUUCCUUGCCCACAUUUAGUUUGAGUGAUUUAAAAAAAGAAAAAAAAAACAUUUACUACAUCAUUCAUUACGAAACCAAAUUUGAUUUAGUGCAACAACGUGUUUGAUACUCAUCAAGUACCACCACUCUUUCAAAAUUGUUUAAACACAUUGUCCCCGUACGUCCUCAGUCCCCCAGGGAAAGCCGCCCGACAUAGUGUUGAAAUGUGUGUACAGACAAAUAGAAGACAAUGAGUAUUUAAUGCUAAAGUAUAUUUCUUUCUGUCGCAAACGGAAGCACGUUCUAGUCAAUUACAUUAUGUUGUACUGAGUACCGUAUGUUUCGAGCCAACGAGUGAGUUAGCGUAGAGUCAAGAACGUAGCCAGAAAACAAAUUUUGAGGGGUUCCAGACAACUGAUAUUUUCCCGUAGUGGA